UGCUUAUCAAUUGCAUCAGAGUUGCGUUGCAACCAGCAUUGCUCGCAAUUGUUUAUCUUUUCCUAGUGCCAGGUUAAUUAGCCUUUACCGAGUUGGACAGUGUCUGUUCUAACCAAAUCAAAGCACAAUACAAAACAGCGGCCGUCAAAAUGAUGCGAUUGUUAGCGUCCUCGGUUGUUGCGCAGAGUGGUUUGGCACUACACAUCGCCAAAACAACAUCGUUCUCCUGUUUUCCCUCGUUUUUGGCAGGCAUACCGGCACGAUCGAUGUGCAGCGCCGUUCCGAUGGUAAAGGAGCGCCAGCUGCAAAUCGGCUCGAACUCCGUACACUUCGUUGAGGCUGGCAAUGGAAACCGUGGCAUCAUAUUGUUGCCCGGUGCGCUCGGUACCGCUUGGACGGACUUCAAACCACAAAUAGAAGGUUUGCCAGCGUUACUUCCACAUCAUCGAGUGAUUGCCUGGGAUCCACCCGGUUACGGUAAAUCACGCCCACCGGAGAAGGAAUUUACGGUCGACUUUUUCGAGCGCGAUGCAGCAGCUGCCGGUGAGCUCAUGCAGAAACUAGGCUUUCAAAGGUACAGUAUCGUUGGCUGGAGCGAUGGUGGUAUUACCGGACUGGUGCUAGCAGCUAAUCAUCCGGAUCGAGUAGAGAAGCUGGUCGUUUGGGGAUCGAACUCCUACAUAUCGGACACAGAAGUAAAAAUUUACGAAGAUAUACGAGAUGUUCGGAAGUGGUCAGCAAGAAUGCGAGAACCGAUGGAGCAAGUGUACGGCGUAGAUCACUUUCCCAAACUAUGGUCGGCCUGGGUGGAUGGAUUGUUGCGUAUUUACCACGAGCGCAAAGGUGACAUUUGUUCCGGGAAGCUGAAACACAUUAAAGCUCCGACGCUGGUCGUACACGGGGCAAAGGAUCCGAUGAUCAUUCCCGAUCAUGUGCCUUAUCUACUAAAUAACAUCAAAAAUACUGAUCUGCAUGUGUUCCCCGAUGGCAAGCACAACAUUCAUCUACGCUAUGCAAACGAAUUUAAUACUCUAGUGGCCAAGUUUAUCCAGGGUUAGCGUAUGUGAAUUGGGUUGUUUUUCUUCUGCUUCAUGUACCGUUGCAGUCUCGAAGGCUCUGUUUUAGCUGUUGAUUGUUCUGUUAUUUUAGUCUUAAUACUCUAUGUAGCGUUUAAUUUGGAUGAAAUUCCUCUUUUGUUGAAAGAUAAUUUAAUGUUUUCAAUGAUGGCGUUUAAAUGUUGAUGGAAUAAAGAAAAGAGCACGAUGAUAUUGUAAGAUCGGGAACCCGAUUGAAAAUACUGAAUCUAGCUCCACAUUUCUUCUCGUAGUAA